CAUUCUCAAAAAACAAUUGGACAGCACUCAACAGUCAAAACCUUAUUUGAGGGUCCUGAAAAAUGUCGGUGUUGUAUUAACUGGGUCGAGGAGCUACCAUAUGACCUGCCACUGGCAAUAGAGCAACAAGAAGAAAGCAAACAACACGCUCUGCUUAUUCGUAUGAAGAAGAGCCACGAUAAUGAUCGCAACCCAUUAGUUCUCGAUUCAAUUGUCGUCCAGAGCCCAUAUCUGAAAGGUUUCUUGGGAGAGCUUUUCCAAAGCUAUGAAGGAAUCAAGACCAAUUUACAAAAAUUGGUGUUCAAAUCUCCAUUCAAACCAUUUUUUUAUGAAUGGCAAAAGCUCAACGACCUUGUUCUUCUCGAACAAGACCCUGUCCGCAUAGCACAUGCUCGACUUUUGAAAAAGACUCUCAAAUCAGAGUUGAAGGAUACGAUCUCCGUCAGCCAAGACUACGAACGCAAUGGAGUCACCAGUUUCGAGAUGCUAUGGACAAUCUUCAAGCCUGGAAUUGACGUCUACACUCGAGAAGACGAAUACGACCGCAUAUACCAGCUUGUCGAUUCGAGUUACCAUUCAGCUAUGAGAAUAAGAUACUUUGAGCUGGACAUGAGGUGCAUCAACCACGGACAAAAGACGUUCGGAUAUCAGUCAAAAAAGAUGACUAUCUGGGAUUUCGAAGGAAUAAAAACAGUGACAAGUCUCGAUGUUUUCCCUGCGCAUUAUCACCCUUCAAUUGAGAGGUUGAGACUUGUGUUGAAAAAGCGAGGGGAAAGGUUCAGAGAUCUCCAGACCAUUAGAAACUGCCACAGAGAAUACAAUGGUCUAGCGCAAUUGGACAAGGGCAACAAAAGAAAGGUUGACGGGAGAAUCAUGAUCGACUCAGAAGCUUACCUGAGCUUCAACCCUAAUAAGCCAAUACAUCUACAACAACUAGAUGGUGCCGAGCUAAAAUCAUGGCUAGAUGUCUCUGACCAAAUUCACGAGCCAAUGAUGCCGCUACCAAGACAAGACGGACGACACAUCCAUGACGAUCUUCUUUACCUGUGCAGCCCCCAGGUCCGAGGCUACUGCUUCAAGAUUAAGGAAUGGGCUAGCUUCUAUGUUGACAAAAUCACUGACAUUAAAUGGAAUGACCAUGCCUUUGGAAGCUUAAUAUUGCCGAGCGAUUACAAACGAUUGAUAUUAUUGUUCGUAGAGAGCCAAAUCCACAACAAAAACCAAUUCGAUGAUGUCAUUGAAGGAAAAGGCAAGAAAAUGCAAGAAGAAAGACGAAUCAUCAUGCUUCUCGAGGGCAGCCCUGGAGUUGGAAAGACUCUCACAGCAGAAGCCCUGGCUGACAGAAUUCGGAAACCUCUUUACGCAAUCAGUGUUGCAGAGCUUGGGAGCACUGCCAAGGAUCUUGAAAGGAGACUGACCAUGAUACUUGAAGUCGCUGUAAAGUGGGAUGCCGUGGUCCUCCUCGAUGAAAGCGAUGUCUUCCUUGAAAAGCGAAGAGCAGACAGUCUCACCCGCAACAGCAUAGUUGCAAUCUUCCUGCGGCUCCUGGAAUACUACCGCGGCGUAUUGUUUUUGACAACAAACCGUGUGCAUUCAAUGGACCCAGCUUUUCAGUCCCGAAUCCACCUCAGGAUUCAAUACCCAGACUUGGAAGAACCGGCAAGGCGCCAGAUUUGGAAGCAGUUUACCGAGCUCUCCAACCGAGAAAGCGUACUCGAGCCGCAACAUUUCGAGGAGCUUGGUCGUUGGGACCUUAAUGGACGUGAGAUCAAAAACCUCGUCAAGACAGCGCAGCUUCUGGCAAGCCAUGAAGCUGCUCCCCUGGGCAUGGGGCAUAUCCAAACAGUAUUGCGAGUCACACAAAAGAGCUUUGGGGGAACAUCUGAAUGA